AUGUCGAGACCAAGUCUGGGUUCUCGCUCCAUUUCGGAGCAAGCACCUCUCUAUGACCCAUCAUCGGCUCCUCAUUCGGGCUCGCGUUUGCGCGGAUCUAAAACUGCUAGCGGUGCCCACACUGCUACGGGCUCCCAGUUGCCUUACUCGCCAUUGCUUCCUCUUCCGCCUGCGUCUACCCCUAAGCUUGCGCCUCGUCUUGCCGACUUGGUCGAUGCCGAGCAGGCCGAGAAUGUGGCGCCGUCCCACGCGUUGGCUCAGCACGGUGCUCCGGCUAGCGCUAGCGCGCUUGCUGCCAGACGUCUCGCACGAAGAGGCCUUUCGGAAGGCUAUGGUCUCCAUUUCAACAAUAUCAAGCUCAUGCGCAGCGCCACCGUCUUGGACAGCGUCGCUUCCGCGCUUGGUACCAAGGCUGCGCUUCGACUCGACAUUCCUGCAACGUCGGACCUCGCCGCACAGCCAGUCGAAACCAAGUCGGCUGGUAUGAUUCGCAGCUACUCGCUUCCUGUUGCCACACAGGAGGAGCACGACGAGCAACAGCGCAUCAUGGCGCUUGGUCUGUCACCUGUCGGCCGUUAUACCGGCAAUACUGCUUGGUGGCAAUAUGGAUGGCCGUCUCCUGGCGGUGUCAACCACCGACACAUUCACCGAAGUCCCGCAACGCCGCGGUUCCCCUCUCAACGUCGUCGGUCUUCUCAGUCAAAGCUCUCGAAUGUGAUGACGCCCACCGCGGAUGCUCAAGCCCGUGUUGUCAGCGCUGCAACGUCACCUUGCUCUGUGGCGUUGCCCAUCCCGUCACAACCUGCCAAGCGAACCAGUAAGACUCACUCGAGCUGUUCGCCCAAGAUGAAGAACAAGUAUCUGCCUAGCAUUCACCAACACUCUUUUCAAAACUCGUCUUCACGAUCCGCUUCGUCCUCGCCCAAGACGGGUCGCUCUCCACUCGCCAUGAUGUCGGUCAACUUGCCUGCUACUGAUCAGCAACAAGGGCAUAUCGACGGUGUGGGCUGUGCCGGUUUGGAGCAAGGCCAUGACAAAAACAAUGACGAUGACGACGACAAGGUCGCCGCCACACCUGUCGAAGCCGCUUUCGACAUUGAAAUGGAUGCGCUCAACCAACGCUUUGCCGAGUGGUCGCGAUCGCUAGCCAUGGCGACGCCGUCGGCAUGCGCUCCUCGCUGCUUGGACCAAGACGAUUACUUCAACUUGGUCCACGAUGAUCAACCCAACAAUGGCUUGUUGGGAGUCGGCGGCGGCAGCGACACUUCGGACGAAGCACGUACACCGCGCGCUUCCUCUCCUCGUCCUCUCUCCAAGGCGGCGCUCUUCCGUCAGGAACACGACUUGCUCCAGCCGCAGGGUGUCGUGGACCACGACGAACGCUUUGUUCAAACCGACCGUUGGUCAGGGUCGUUUGACUUUAUCCACCCUGAUCAUCUCGGCUAA